AUGUAUUGCCUCACCAGGUUCAUUGAAAGGGGAAUCUCAAUUGUCAAGUACAUUGCAGAGGAUUGCAAAGAGACAGUUCACGGGCAACAGCUUCCAAAGACUUUUGGCGACUGGGUACGUCAGCUGUGUAUUAUUCACGGCAUCAGAUAUCACUAUGGCUACGCCCAGGAGCUUCGUGGGGUGACUUGA